UAGAAAAAGGUAAUAUCAAUAACAACAUGAAUAAUAUAUGUGUAUAUAUAUAUAUUUUUUUUUUAUUCAAGGAGAAUUUAAUUAUUAGUAUGACAAAAGUGUAUUUAAACAGUACAAAUAAACCCAUUGCAUACCUUUAAAUGAACCACCACGCGGGUAAGGUUACUCCCCUUUUUAUUUUAAGCCAAUCGAAAGUCCGCUAAAGAGCAGGGCGAAAGGCUGUGGGCCAAUUAUUUUUCAGCGUCGGUGAAUCGUGGAAACAUGGCGCACUGCAUAGCCAGAGCUUUCAGGAAGGCUGUUGUGCAAGAUGCCCACCGGCCUGCGUUGGCUGCAGGGCAGUGGGGGUGUUGCCGUGGCAGCAGUCGCGCCCACCACACCCCUGGCACAUCGCUAAGAUACGUGCCACGGCGUGCCGUCCUCUACGUGCCGGGCAAUGACGUGCGGAAGCUGAGGAAGCUGACCUCGCUGGAUGUGGACUGUGCUGUGCUGGACUGUGAAGAUGGAGUGGCCCUCAGCAAAAAGGCAGAGGCGCGGGAGACCAUCCCUAAGAUGCUGGCAGAGCUGGACGUGGGCCGGACAGAGAAGUGUGUGCGGGUCAACUCUGUGUCCAGCGGUCUGGCCGAGGCCGACCUGGAGGUGAUCCUGGGGGCCGAGGUGCUGCCCACAGCCCUCAUGCUGCCCAAGGUGGAGGACACGGGAGAGGUGCAGUGGUUUGUUGACAGAUUUCAGCGGCACUUGAAAGGCCGGGCGUUGGCGGAGCCCAUCCGGUUAGUCACCUUCGUGGAAACUGCUGUGGGUCUGCUCAAUUUUAAGGCUGUGUGUAAGGAGGUUCGGGAGCUCGGGCCGAAGGCUGGCCUGCAUCACGACGGCGUGGUCUUCGGCUCGGACGACUUCUGUGCCAGCAUAGGUGCCACGCGCACCAAAGACGCCCGCGAGCUGCUCUACGCCCGGCAGAAGGUGGUGGUGACCACCAAGGCGUUUGGCCUGCAAGCCAUCGACCUUGUUUACAUCGACUACCAGGACGGCGACGGGCUCCGGCAACAGGCCAGGGAAGGCGCGCUCAUGGGCUUCACCGGAAAGCAGGUGAUCCACCCCAACCAGAUUAAGGCGGUUCAGGAGGAGUUCUCCCCCAGCCCAGAGAGGAUAAACUGGGCUCAGGAGCUCAUCCAUGCCUUUGACGAGCACCAGAAGUUGGGCAAGGGUGCGUUCACCUUCCGUGGCAGCAUGAUUGACAUGCCGUCGCUGAAGCAGGCCCAGAACAUCGUCACGUUGGCCUCGGCCGUCCAGCGCGAGUGACCUUCAUCUGAUCUUGGUCUGAGCCCAGAGUGACAGCCCCUACCCCAUCCACAUGCAGGUCAUCCAGUGAUAAACUGUACCUCACCUCCCAAAAGAUGCCUGCCAUCUGUUUCUUCCUCUUCCUUCUCUUUUUGGAACUAUGAUGGAAUGCUUUGAUUGGUUAUUGUAAUGUUAAUUACUUUAAAUAAUGUAUAAAAUGUUUGAAAGUA